AUGUCCCUCUUCCCCGACACUACCCACAGAGUAAUCGGUACAGCUGCCCUGAUGGUGUGCGUUCUGGCUUUGGGGGACCGUAGGAAUUCCCCGGCCCCUCCUGGUCUGGAGCCAGUCCUGGUGGGGGCCGUGGUCCUGUGCAUUGGGGUGUCCAUGGGCUCCAACAGCGGCUACUCCCUGAACCCGGCCAGGGACUUGGGGCCCCGUCUCUUCACUUAUUUCGCUGGCUGGGGUGGAGAGGUGUUCAGUGCUGGAGAUGGGUGGUGGUGGGUGCCGCUGGUAGCCACUAAUGUCGGUGCCCUGGUGGGAACACUCAUCUACAUGCUCAUGAUCGGGGUCCACCAUCUAGAGCCAGGGGCCUCUUCCGAACCUCCUGGCCAAGAUGUGAAAGCUGAGGGCAAGCACAUUGUGAAGUUGGAGGGAGAACCAGACCUAAUUUACUACCCAAAGGAGUUGCAGUGUGGGACGGCAAUGUAA